AAUCCAAUUUUUUCUUCUCCGCCAUCUUUACGGCUCCCGCUGGUGCUCACUCUCUCCUUCACGCAGCAGCACCGUCUCUCGCUGACGCCGUCGUCAUCUCUCGCCUCGGUUGUUUGUCCGCCGCCGUUGCGUCCUACCGUUCGUCAGCGUCAGCAACUCCGUCGUUGUUUGCCUGUUUCAAAUCAGAACAGCUCCUUAAAUUAAUCUAGUAGAUUACAAGGGUACCCAACACAUUGGGCAACACAAGUUGAACCACAAAUAUUAGCCAAGUUGUCUUGGCAGAACUGUUUAGAUUGCUCAACUUAAAUUGGGAAUUGGCUUCAAAUACAUGAUUGGUUGGGGGUGAUCGUGGUUAGAGGAUGGCGAUGAAAAACCUGAAACAUAGGAUGUUAGGAGGUCGUGGUAGCACUCAUGUUUGGCAACUCCAUCUUUCCUUUGGCACCAACAAUCCGAGGAGUGACGAGACUGGCUAGCAAUAAUUUUUUUUCCCUUAAGCGGUUGUACAUUUUGAGGUGUUUCGAAGUGCUGCCCAGCAGAAGUUGAGGUUUCAACAGCUUUUGAUUUGGACUCAAUGGUUCUGAUGUCUUGGAGAACUUGGCCUAUGUUGGACCAUAGAGCCCUGAUCAUCACUCAAGGCUCUUGCUAGAAGCUUCAAUGAUGUCGGGAACAAGGGUUAUAUUUGGGUUGCUUGUGGCUUUUCCUAUUACACUGGUGUUCUACAUCUUGCCAUCGCUCUAAGACUGCUUCACUUUAAAUAUUAUUCAUGUCCAUUUUCUCGAGUUCUUUUUCAAUUUUCAAUGUUAUGAUACAUCCCCGUUGUGGUUCAUAUCUUAGUCGAAUCCUCAUCACUUCAGUUCAUUUCUAUUCUACCUUUACAACUUCUCCUCCCACCAUUCCCCUCAUUUCCUUAUUGAGACAAUGCAAGACGUUGAUCAAUGCGAAGCUAGCUCACCAGCAAAUUUUUGUCCAUGGCUUCACCGAAAUGUUCAGCUACGCUGUUGGUGCCUAUAUCGAGUGUGGUGCUUCUGCAGAAGCUGUAUCACUCCUCCAACGUAUUAUCCCCUCACAUUCCACCGUUUUCUGGUGGAAUGCACUGAUUCGACGUUCUGUGAGACUUGGUCUCCUUGAUGAUACAUUGGGUUUUUAUUGUCAGAUGCAGAGCCUUGGGUGGUUGCCUGACCAUUACACCUUUCCUUUUGUUCUCAAAGCCUGUGGUGAGAUACCGUCGUUUCGACAUGGUGCUUCAGUUCAUGCCAUAGUUUGUGCAAAAGGAUUCGAGUCAAAUGUAUUUAUUUGUAAUUCAAUUGUGGCUAUGUACGGGCGAUGUGGGGCAUUGGAUGAUGCACGCCAAAUGUUUGAUGAGGUGCUUGAAAGAAGGAUUGAAGACAUUGUGUCUUGGAAUUCAAUUCUUGCUGCUUAUGUACAAGGUGGGAAGUCAAGAACUGCCCUUAGAAUUGCUUUUCAAAUGGGUAACCACUACAGUCUUAAACUUCGCCCGGAUGCAAUUACGCUUGUGAAUAUUCUUCCUGCUUGUGCGUCAAUAUUUGCAAUUCAACAUGGUAAGCAGGUACAUGGAUUUUCAGUACGAAGUGGAUUGGUUGAUGAUGUAUUUGUAGGCAAUGCUCUCGUGAGUAUGUAUGCGAAAUGCUCAAAGAUGAAUGAGGCGAACAAGGUCUUUGAGCGGAUAAAGAAGAAGGAUGUGGUUUCUUGGAAUGCUAUGGUCACCGGGUAUUCUCAGAUUGGUAGCUUUGAUAGUGCCCUUUCCUUGUUUAAGAUGAUGCAAGAGGAAGAUAUCAAGUUAGAUGUGAUAACGUGGAGUGCUGUAAUUGCUGGGUACGCUCAAAAGGGGCAUGGUUUUGAAGCCCUUGAUGUAUUUAGACAAAUGCAGCUUUAUGGGUUGGAGCCCAAUGUUGUUACUCUCGUGUCUCUUCUUUCAGGUUGUGCAUCUGUGGGAGCAUUGCUUUAUGGAAAGCAAACACAUGCGUAUGUCAUAAAAAAUAUUCUCAACUUGAAUUGGAGUGAUAAAGGGGACGACAUGUUGGUUCUCAAUGGUCUAAUUGAUAUGUAUGCUAAAUGCAAAAGCUAUAGAGUCGCUCGUAACAUUUUUGACUCGAUAGCAGGAAAAGACAAGGAUGUGGUGACUUGGACUGUGAUGAUUGGUGGAUAUGCUCAGCAUGGGGAAGCCAAUGAUGCAUUACAACUGUUUGCUCAGAUAUUUGAACAGAAGACCUCUUUAAAGCCUAAUGCCUUUACUCUAUCAUGUGCCUUGAUGGCAUGUGCACGUUUGGGUGAGCUAAGGCUUGGAAGACAACUCCAUGCCUAUGCUUUGCGGAAUGAAAAUGAGUCUGAGGUUUUAUAUGUAGCCAAUUGCCUUAUUGACAUGUAUUCCAAAUCAGGGGACAUUGAUGCUGCUCAAGCUGUGUUUGACAACAUGAAAUUACGAAAUGUUGUUUCUUGGACUUCUUUGAUGACGGGCUAUGGUAUGCAUGGUCGUGGUGAAGAAGCUUUGCAUGUUUUUGAUCAGAUGCGGCAACUGGGUUUUGUUGUUGAUGGGAUUACCUUUCUUGUUGUUUUAUAUGCUUGUAGCCACUCUGGACUGGUGGAUCAAGGCAUGAACUACUUUCAUGAUAUGGUCAAGUGCUUUGGGAUUACCCCUGGAGCUGAACACUAUGCAUGUAUGGUUGAUCUCUUGGGUCGUGCAGGUCGUCUUAACGAAGCAAUGGAGCUUAUCAAAAGCAUGUCAAUGGAGCCGACCGCAGUUGUAUGGGUGGCAUUAUUAAGUGCCAGUAGAAUCCAUGCAAAUAUUGAACUUGGGGAAUAUGCAGCAAGCAAAUUGAUAGAGUUAGGGGCAGAGAAUGAUGGUUCAUACACAUUGCUUUCAAACUUGUAUGCAAAUGCACGACGUUGGAAAGACGUAGCGAGAAUUAGGUCAUUGAUGAAGCAUACGGGGAUCAGAAAGAGGCCGGGAUGUAGUUGGAUACAAGGGAAGAAGAGCACCACAACUUUCUUUGUAGGUGAUAGAAGUCAUCCAGAAUCAGAGCAAAUAUACAAUCUUCUUUCGGAUUUGAUUAAACGAAUCAAAGACAUGGGGUACGUUCCUCAAACGAGCUUUGCUCUUCAUGAUGUUGAUGAUGAAGAGAAAGGUGAUCUCUUGUUUGAGCAUAGUGAAAAGUUGGCUGUUGCUUAUGGGAUUUUAACAACAGCCCCCGGACAGCCAAUUCGGAUACACAAGAAUUUGCGCAUCUGCGGCGAUUGCCACAGUGCCUUAACCUACAUUUCCAUGAUUAUUGACCACGAGAUCAUAUUGAGAGACUCAAGUAGGUUCCAUCAUUUCAAGAAAGGCUCAUGUUCUUGUAGAAGCUAUUGGUGAUGGAAAAAUUCAGACAGAACAUUGAGGUUUUUAUAAAUUCUACUCAUGGGAUGGGAAAGGCUGCUGUUUAAUUUCACAGAUGGAAAGCAGGGCAAAGUUUGGAAAGAAAUUAAUUCAUCUAUCGAAUGUUUCUGUAUUCGAUGAUGGUUUAAUUGUUGAUCGGAAAGCGAGUAGUUCAUUCACGAAGCGGGGUUCAAUGAUUUACAUAAAUAUUAAUUGAUAAGAGCAGUUCAGUUAUACUGCAAUUUGAUUCAAGACCUCUUUGAAAGUGAAAAUAAAUAGAGUGUCCUCACAAACUUGACCAGAACGUGCUGCCCUCCCACCGUGGAACUCCCAUGACUCAUUUUCUUGGAUUAUUUCUAAAGAAUUUCUAACAAAUGCAGAGAUGAUUGCCAAUCAGCUUAAAUCUAAGGGAUAUGAGGUAGAACUCAAGGGUUGGCAACUCCAUCUUUCCUUUGACACUCUUUCCUUUGGCACCAACAACCCGCAGAGUGACGAGACUGGGUAGCAAUAAUCUUUUCCCCUCGAGUGAUCAGAUUUGGACUCUAUGGUUCUGAUGUCUUGGAGAACUUGGCCUACGUUGGAGCAUAGAGCCCUGAUCAUCACUCAAGGCUUUUGCUAGAAGCUUCAAUGAUGAUUGGAAACAAGGUAGGUAUGAUGUUAUUUGUAUAGGGGUAGAUAUGUAUUUAAUAAAACUUAGUAAUAAUUUAAUGUUUCUUAGUUAUCUCACUUUCAUUGGUUUAAUAAAUUCUAUGACAUUUUUUUUAUUGUAGUUCCAUUGAUAAUUUUGAUUAACAUGUAUUAGUGAAUAUUCACAUUGUAGUAAGGUUUUCUCUCCUGAUA